AGGCCUAACACAAAUGCCAAACAUGUUUUAUUUCUUACACCCUCCACCACACCCCCAUUCGCACAAGGCUUGGUCAGUAGAAAACUGCUGAGAAGAGCGAUCCCGGCGUCACUCCAUUUGCAGAGCCUGGGCACAGCUCUGAGUUGAAGAAAAGGUGGUGUGAUUUUGAGUAUUCUGAGCAUUUGGAAGGAAGCCAGACAUGUCUUUGGAUGACAUUAAGAUGCAACCCAGUGACUUCCUGGAGAAGGAGUAUCUAGACAGCGGGGGCUUCGGGAAGGUGUCUUUGUGUUUACACAGAUCCCAUGGACUCGUAAUACUGAAAAAGGUGUACACGGGGCCAAAGCGCAUGGAGUACAAUGAGUCCCUCCUUGAGGAGGGCAAGAUGAUGCACAAGCUGAGGCACGAGCGGGUGGUGAAGCUCCUGGGCAUCAUUAUGGAGGAGGGGAACUACUCGCUCGUCAUGGAGUACAUGGAGAAGGGCAACCUCAUGCACGUGCUCAAAGCCAAGACCAGUAUCCCCCUUUCUGUGAAAGGAAGGAUAAUUAUGGAGACCAUUGAAGGAAUGUGCUAUUUACAUGGAGAAGGUGUGAUACACAAGGACUUAAAGCCUGAGAAUAUCCUUGUUGAUGACAACUUUCACAUUAAGAUAGCUGAUCUUGGCGUUGCUUCCUUUAAGACAUGGAGUAAGCUGACUAAAGUGGAACAGAACGAGCAGAAGGAAAUGAAGAGUGCUUCUAAGAAAAAUGGCGGCACCCUCUAUUACAUGGCCCCUGAGCACCUGAAUGAUAUCAAUGCCAGGCCCUCGGAGAAGUCAGACGUGUACAGCUUUGCCAUAGUCCUGUGGGCAAUAUUUGCAAACAAGGAGCCAUAUGAAAAUGCUAUCUCUGAGCAGCAGAUGAUAAUAUGCAUUAAAUCUGGGAACAGGCCAGAUGUGGACAUCAUCAUUGAAUACUGCCCAAAGGAGAUUAUCAGCCUCAUGAAGCAAUGCUGGGCAGCAGAUCCAGAAGAACGGCCAACAUUUGCUGGUAUUGAAGAAAAAUUUAAGCCUUUUUAUUUCUGUAAUUUUGAAGAACAUGUAGAAGAAGAUGUGAAGAGUUUAAAGAAAGAGUAUCCCAGCCAAAAUGAAGUUGUGAAGAGAAUGCAGUCUCUCCAAAUAGAUUGUGUAGCAAUACCUCCAAGCAGGUCCAAUUCAGCCACAGAACAGCCCAGUUCGCUACAUAGUUCACAGGGAUUCAGGACGGGUCCUGUGGAGGAAUCCUGGUUUGCUCCCUCCCCAGAGCACCAGCAGGAGGAGAAUGGGCUCAGCCUGCAGAAUAAACUCCAGGAGGAAGCCAACUACCAUCUUUUUGGCAGCCGCAUGGACAAACAAACAAAACAGCAACCCAGACAGAAUGUGGCUUACAACAGAGAGGAGGAAAGGAGACGAAGAGUCUCCCAUGACCCUUUUGCACAACCAAGACCUUAUGAAACUGUUCAGAACCCAGGCCUUGCUUCUUCCGGUGCAGCCAGUCAUGGUAAUGCAGUACAUCAACCAGUUGGACUGACCAGCGAAGCCCAAGUACCCCGCUGGAACAGUGGACCAUAUAGUCCACUUGGUUAUAGAACAAGACCAUCGGGUGUGGGAACAGGAGGUUCCCAAUUUUGGUAUAGGCCAAAUCCAAGCCAUAUACCACACCUGCAUAAAACUCCAGUGCCUGAGACCAACCUACUGGGAAACACGCCUACCAUUCCAUUCGUCUCCCUGACACCAACAGUUGAGGCUGGAAAGUGUUCCAUUUACAACAGUGCUGGCAUUCAGAUUGGAGACAAUAAUCAUAUGGAGGUUGGUGGAAUGAGUUUACCAUUACCGGACAGCACAUACAUAAACUUCAAAGAGCCAGCUUCUAAGUACCAACAUAUCUUUGAUAAUACCACUAGUCUGACUGAUAAACACCUGGACCCAGUCAGGGACAAUCUGGGAAAGACCUGGAAAAGCUGUGCCCGUAAACUGGGCUUCACUGAAUCUCAGAUUGAUGAAAUUGACCAUGACUAUGAGCGGGAUGGAUUGAAAGAGAAAGUUUACCAGAUGCUCCAGAAGUGGCUGAUGAAGGAAGGCAGUAAGGGGGCCACAGUGGGAAAACUGGCCCAGGCGCUCUAUCUGUGUUCACGCAUAGACCUCUUGAACUUUCUGGCAUAUAUCAGCCAGAACUAACUCCAGAAGGAGCUUUGGCAGCAUGAAGUAAACCCCUCACUUCGUGAGUGUUACGCUAAAAGUGUGCUGCCUCACUGAUAAUGGGUUCUCCGUCUCCAUGAAAAUUAUUUCCCGAAUUUCAUAGCCAGACAGUGGGAAAGAAAUCUACAGUAAAAAACCCGAUAAACUGGAAGACCUAUUAAUGGCCGAGCCUGAAUGAGAAAAGAAGCCAGAGUGGGCGCAGCUGCUGGGGCUAGGGGUGGUGGGAGGUGAGUGUCCACCUCAUCCCCGCGGGUUCCAGCAUCCCGACCCAUGCUUCGCCAGGUCUCUUUGUAGAGUGACACCCUGUGGCUUCUGAGGACCUGUCGUCCAGCCUGUGCAGCGGGAAGCGGCAGUGACCUCAACGUCCUGAGAGAAUCUGAAAUCCAUCCAUCACGCAUUCUUCAAAAUGCAAUGGAAUGUACCAAGGACUAUUCCAGAUGCACAUAGGACAUACAUGGAACCUUAUAAAGCUGGUCUUUUUGGACACUGUCAAAAUAUAAAGGGACCAUUACUUUUGUAUAUAGCUGAAUCCAGAGUAGUUUUGGUAUAGGGCCCUCAAAAACAAUGGCUGCAUUUAUCUGCUGCCCAGUGCACUGCAAAGGAAAGAAAGCCAUUUGAUGCUCAUUCACCCCAAUGGGGGGUUCUUCACCAUAAACAGUGGGAGCAAGAUACUUUCUCUAAGAGAGCUAUGUUAUCCAGUGCCACAUCUCCAGGAACUCCUUCAGAAAAAAAGGGAAGAACCUGAUCCUUUACACGACAAAUCUAUUAGCCUUUAUCAAUGAUUUAAGAAAACAUUUAGACAAUAUGGAGAAGUUUUGAUUCCAGUGCAUCUAAUAACUUCUGGUGUUUGGUUUGGAACAUUUCAUUAUGCAGCCAUAAAAGGAGUGAUUAUCGUUCCUUUUCCAGAGCUUACUGGGUUCCCUGACAGCAUAGUAAACAUUCUGAAAAAUUCCCAGGGUGGAAAUGCACUAACAGCAUAUGCCUUGGUUAAGAUUGCAACACCUGCCCGGUAUACUGUGACUUUGGGGGGAACCUUCUUCACGGUGAGUGUUUGCGUAGUCACAGCUACAUGUCAACACUGCCCCCUGUUAAGGAGUAUCUACAGGAUAGGAUGGAAGAGACAGAGGAACUUCUCACAGAGAAAAUGGAAGAAACGAAGGAUAGACUUACUGAAAAA